AUGCCCGUGAACUGCUGUGUGCCGCUGUGCACGCAGCACGGCCGCGUCGACAAAGCCGGAUGCAAGGUAUCCUACCACCGUUUUCCCAAGGACGCAGACCUGCGCAAGAAGUGGAUUGUUGCUAUCAAGCGUGAUGAAGGGCCAUUUUUUGCUGUCUCAGAUGCAACUAAGGUCUGCUUCCACCACUUCUUGGAAACAGAUUUCCUAGCAAAUGUGGCAAAUGGUCACCGGCAUCUACAGCAGUUUGCUGUGCCGUCUGUGUUUUCAUUUGGUGAAACCAAGCCAGCAAGAAAGCCACCUCGCCAAAGGACAUCGCCACCCAUGUCAGCAUCAAAAAGGAGAAAGCACGACAUGGCCAGUACGCAGGAGGUUGUUGAAGGAGUUGAGAGGCAAUGCACUGCAGAGACUCAGGAGCCAAGCGAGGAGCAUGGGGCAACGGAAAGCAACGAAGAGGAUGAACCUAUUGGGUCAUUCCCGGGCACGUUGGAAGAACUGCCAACUGUUGCUGUGACAGAGUCAGUCAAAGAAUGUGCAUGCACGGAAAAAUAG